AUGGAUGUCGAAGCUGACGAAGUCGAAACGGGUGAACCAGGUCCGGGGACAAUGGACAUUGAACCCGAUGCUGAUAUUCUGGAACUGAUGGAACAGACACUUGAGGAGGAGCUGGCAGCAGAGCUAGCAAAUGCGGAUCUUGGAAAUGGUCAAGACCCUGACCACGAAGAAUCUAUGGGAGAUGCACCAGAAGUAGAUGGCCAUCAGGAAGAGCAAGAUAUUCCGGAUGAAGUUAUGACGGAAGCUCCGUUUACAGAGACUGGACCCACACACAGCCAGCCUGUUCCUAAUACUCCUACCAUCCCAAGUUAUAAUCCGACUAACACCACUACCGCCAUACAUACACCUAUACCUUUUCCCCUCCUACACCAUAGCCCAGCUGGCAUCACCUUUACCAAUACACCUACAUCCCCUUUUAACUUUACCUCCAAUAUCGGUAUCUCAAGCCAGACUACUAUCGCCCCGCCAAGUAACCCCCUUAUGGGAAACGAGGAACUAGUAUUUGAAGCACCUGGGCCGAUAUUUGAAGCACCUAUGGUUGCCAGCGGUUCCGAUAUGGAAGAUACUCCUAUGGAAGAGGAUCCCUUCGACGAGACUUCUCUACAUAAGUCCCCGCCUGUCCAGGCGCAACCUCAAGCCCCAGCCUUCUCGAGCAUUCCUACAGCUUGGCUGCUUCCAUCAAAGCCGCGGGAGGCGGCCAAAUUAGAUCUCAACGCCCUCAAGAAGACCCUCAAAAGCAAUAUAGAAGAGCGCUCAAAAGAAAGCAUCAUGGGACGAGGCGGGAAGCAGAGAGCUUUCGACCAAGCAGCUGUGAAGGGGGCCCUCCUCCCUGACACUUACUACACGAUAGGUGCCGAGGGCUUGCCUCACAAGGAGACCGAUGGACUUCCAUUCACAGAGUGGGAUGAUGAGCGUUUGAGUGUUAUGAUGGAGAAGCUAGACACGGCAAGCAAGCACAACCGAGACGAGCAGAACAAGAAGAAUAAUCUGGUUGCGGAGGCCGAGAAGAAGUUGAAGGAGGGAUGGCAAAAGAAGAAGAACGACGCAGACUUCCAAUCACUAAUGAAAUUAAAGAAGCGACCUGCCAACCCGUUUAUCGUUCCAAAGAGACCGAAGAAGCCGGAGGAUAAACAGUAG